AUUUAAAAGGCAGAGAGAUGGCCUUUUAUAAUUUAUAUAUCUUGCUGUGUUUUAUAAUAUUUCAACUAUGAGCGCUCACGAACAUUGUCAUAACUGUUUCUCACGGUGCUGUACAGAAACAGAAUGUCCUAUGGUUGUUUGCCAAUUUAAUUGCGGUCAAAAAUUUCACGAGUGUAAGUCGUUAGAUCAUGGUUAUAUAUGUCAAAAUAAAAAGGUACCUUGUAUUAACGUUUAUUACGGCUGUCCAAUGGUUCUAGCACGUUCACAGCUGGCCUCUCACAUCCAAAAUUGUCCGGCAAGUGUUGUACACUGCACAUACGAGUGGGUUAGGAAACCAGUGUACUCUCAGGAACGAUUAAGAUGGGUUCCAUUCGAACAACCGAAUCCUGUGCUGGUAGAAGGAUAUUUGGAUGUGGAACUGGCGUUGCAUGAUCAAAAGGUUGUUAACAAAAUGGUCCAAGUGCAAUACAAGCAAGGCGUUGCACGAAAAAGAUCAGAAUGCCAUGAUUCAAGUUUAAAGUUGUCCUACGAAAGGGCCAAGUCUUUUCGAGAUGAGGUAAAAAGUGCAGAGAUUGUCGCAAAUGAUCUCCCAAUAACUACACUGGACUUGGUGGAACGUAAAAAAUUGGUAGACAAUAGUAUAUCUUCACCAGAAAGUGAUAGUGACAAUUGUUCCAUGUCCGCUGAUGUAGAUAUACCAGAAUGCCCAGCUUUACCAGACACACGGUUGGGAUUAGGUCUAAAUGUUAAUAUAGAGAUGUUUCCAAAAUUUGGACGGCAUAGUUACCCUUAUAUGAUUCCCUGUGGCCAGGUCCUACAGAGACGAGAGUACCCAGCACAUUUUAAGAAUGUCCACAAUGAUGUUCACAACGGGUUAGGUUGGAUUGAGCGUCGAUGUCCGAUGGCUCAGUAUGGUUGUCGCUAUGUUGACCAUCCACUUUUACCAUCCUCGCAAAAUGGCAGCGUUGUGUUUAAUCAAAUCCUAGGUAUUGUUGGUGUUCGGCUCUUGAAGACCACAGAGAGUGAGGGCGAUUGUUAUCUUUUGUGUCUACCAUCUGAAUUGCUUGAAGAGAUUUGCAAAUGGCUUGACGGAUUCAGUUUGAAUAAUUUAAUGCAGACAUGUAGGACAUUACACAAUAAUUUAAAAGGUUUGUUGAAAAAACAGGGUGUGGUCACAAUGCAGUGGAGGAAACGGAUUUAUGAAGAUGGAUCAGCCUCGUGGACGUUUGGUAAAAAAGCAUGGCUGUUCUCAAAAGCUUCCUCAGAAAUCAAAAAGUGGGUAUUUUCAGAGUCUCCAGGGCUUGCUGCACAUUUUGAAAAAUGUCCUUAUUUCGAGAAAUAUUUGGCAAAAGAACCCUUCCAGUAUGUUCCUAAUCACCCAAGUGUUCACGGUCCGGAAACUUAAGAUGUUCCAUAGCUUAAUUUGGACAACAUGAUGAUAUAAUAAUCCAUGCUUUGUGAAGUAACAUAAAGUAUUUCAGUUUGUUCAAGAUUUUCAUUGUGAAAAAUGGUUCUGAUCGAGGCUUGUUGUAUAAAGCAGGAAACUGAGUUUGCAUAGUUCACACUGUUAAUGAUGCAGGAUUGUGAUUGGCCAAUUCUACCUUAAUUCAGUUAAUUGUCCUUUUCAAUUUUACAACUGAGUCAACUGACCCCUGUAGUUUGUUUUGAAAUUAGGCUAAGGUCAAGAUAUUCGUCUUCCUGUUUGCCAAAUGCAUUAAAGACAAUAAUUGAUAAUAGUUAAUCAGUUCUGGAUGCUUAUUGUUAAUGCAUUUUGCUUUCUAGAAAGACAGUCUUCUGGUAGAUAUCUAUUGGUUGGUAGUUUCAAUAUAUUUUUAGUCAUUUUAGUUUUCUAAAUUAAAUGCACACCAAUUAUCAAGGAAUUUUCCCGGAAUAUUUUUUUAUACUGUCAGACAGUUUUAUUGUUUUGGUUUCAAAACAAUCACGAACAUAAAAGUGAAAAAGACGAAAAUAUCCGGGCAGAAUACUAGGCGAUUAAAAAUGAUCAAAUUUGUGAAAUAUAAUUGAUAUCAUUCUGCGAUAUUUGUUGAGUAAAGUAGCAGAUAAAGUACGUUAAACUUGCUUUGUAGAACA